GUGUUUUAUAACGAUCUAGUAUACGACUUCAAGAAGGGCGAGAGCUGGUCAAAUAUUGGACAAUGUCUUUUGCACAGGUGCAAAGGUGAUAACCAGGUGAUCGUUGAGAGGUGCCCAAACGUUACUCUCCAUAGAGGAUGCACACUUUCUAAAGAAGAUCCUACAAAAUAUUUUCCAGGCUGCUGUCCAUACCCACUGUGUGAUGAGACAGAGGCAGUGAUGUGUGUGGACGCCCAGGAUCGGUCCAGACAUGCUCCGGGUGACCAAUGGCAGCCUAGCGGCGAAUGUGUUUCACAAGGAAUGUGUUGGUGGAGGCCUCACUUUGGUGUCCAAGUGCACCAUCAACCAACUACCCCCGGGGUGCUCGUACUUAGAAUUUGA